AUGAAAUGGCCAGAAUUUAGGUCUACCACUCAAAUGCGUACCCCAAAAUUCUGUGUUGGUUUAACAUUUGCAUCAAAGGUAGAAUUCAAAGAUGCAGUCCACAAUUAUGGUUUCAACAAUGGUAAGGAAUUGAAGUUUAUUAGGAAUGACAAAGAGAGGGUCUAUGUUAGAUGUAAACAAGUUGGCUGCCCUUUCAGAAUUAAUCUUUGGAAAGUUAAAAAUGCCUUGUCAUGGAGAAUUGCCAGUUAUAAUGAAUUGCAUGAUGGCUGUGGUUGGGUUUAUGAGAACACCAUGGUUAAAUCAACUAGGAUUGCAAAGAGAUGGAUGAAAGAGAUUGGUGGCAACAGCAACUGGACCACUGCAGAAUUUAGAGAGAGGGUUAAAGCAGAUGAGGGGUUUGAUUUGUCCACCAAGCAAGCCUAUAGAGCUAUGAGAAAGGCAAAGGAAGUCAUUGAAGGUGAAGCUAUUGAAUUUUUCAACAAAAUAUGGAGCUACAAGUUGGAGAUUGAAAAAACAAAUCCUAACACCACAUGCAAGGUAAAGGUAAGUGACUUACUAUAUGAUGGAAAACCUAGGUUUCUAAGGAUGUAUUUCUGCUGGGAGGCUUCAAAGGAGGGAUAUAAGUUCUGUAGGAAGCUAAUUGGAGUUGAUGGUUGUCAUCUAAAAACAAAAUUUGGAGGUCAAUUAUUAACAGCUAUUGGGAUUGAUGGGAAUGACAGUAUCUUCCCACUGGCUUAUGCCAUUGUUGAAGGAGAAACCAAGGAUUCAUGGAUCUGGUUCUUGAAUUUCAUUAAAACAGACCUAGAAAUCACUCGAGAAGAAGAACACCAGCUUACAUUUAUCUCAGACAAACAGAAAGGGCUUCUACCAGCUUUUGUAGAAGUGUUUCCAUAUGCCUCACAUAGAUUUUGUGUGAGGCAUCUUCAUGGGAACAUGAAGCUUGCAGGAUUUCAAGGCAAAGCAAUGAAGGAUGCACUCUGGACAGCAGCCAAGGCAACUACAGUUAACAGCUUCAGAGAAGCUAUGUUAGAACUCAGGAAGUUGGAUGAAGAGGCUUAUCAGUGGCUAGGAGAUAAACACCCUUCAGAAUGGUCAAGGUCACAUUUCACUCCCUUUGCUAGAAGUGAUGCCUUAGUUAACAACAUUUCUGAAAGUUUCAAUGCCCUUAUAGUAGAUGCAAGGAAACAACCUCUGAUUUAUUGUCUAGAAAGUAUUAGGAAAUUGUUGAUGACAAAGUUCUUUGAAAAUAAACAAAAACCUGUGAAAUGGAAAGGUCCUUUCUGUCCUAACAUAAUGAAAAGGUCCUUACCAUUACCACUGGUAAAAUAA